ACACACCCCGCCGCAGCUCCCCUGGUGGGAAGCGGAGCCGAUGCUCGUUUUGGAACCGGCUCUCGCCCCCACGGGCAGGGGGUUUCGGAAAAGCCGUUUCACUUCACUUUGCUACUUACACUGUAGCUGGAAUCAAGCCGUACGGGGCUUAAGGCGGCCGCUUAUUUUGUAGCACAAAUAGGUGGCUGCUGGCUUGCAGGCUGUCCAGGUCCUGAGCUGAAUGGUCUCGUUCUCGCCCUGCUAUAAGCCUGUUACAAAACCACCCACAGCACCAGAGCUACAAGGAGUGUAUUGAAUAUCCAGAAGAAUGGCUGCUGAUACUUCUGUUGAAAUGUUUUCAAAAGUUCUGGAAAAUCAAAUGCUUCAGACUACUAAAGUAGUGGAAGAACAGCUGGAUGCUGAGAUUCAAAAAUUGGACCAGAUGGAUGAAGAUGAAUUGGAACGCCUUAAAGAAAGGAGGCUUGAAGCACUAAAGAAAUCCCAGCAGCAGAAACAAGAAUGGCUCUCAAAAGGACAUGGAGAAUAUAGAGAAAUCCCAAGUGAGAGAGACUUUUUCCAAGAAGUCAAAGAAAGUAAAAAUGUGGUUUGCCAUUUCUAUAAAGAUACAACCUUCAGAUGCGUGAUAAUAGACAAGCAUUUGGCAGCACUUUCAAAAAAACACAUUGAAACAAAAUUCCUGAAAUUAAAUGCUGAAAAAUCUCCAUUCCUGUGCGAGAGAUUGGGCAUCAAAGUAAUUCCCACUUUAGCACUAGUAAAAGAUGGAAAAACGCAAGAUUUUAUUGUUGGCUUUACUGAUCUUGGUAAUACGGAUGACUUUACCACAGAAACCCUAGAAUGGAGAUUAGGCUGUUCAGACAUAAUUAAUUACAGUGGAAACUUGAUGGACCCACCUUUUCAGAGCCAAAAGAAAUUUGGAACCAUUGUCACAAAGCUGGAUAAGAAAACCAUCAGAGGAAAGAAAUAUGAUUCAGAUUCUGAUGAUGACUAAAAGCUCAGCUAUAAAUCUUUGUAUAUCAUUUUUUGUUUAAGCUUGGUACAUUUCUAGGAAUGUUUUUAUAAAGUCUAUUGAUUUCGGUAUGUUUGCACAUAAUACUCCAUUUUUCUGUCAAUUUUAUAAACUGAUUCACAUUCGAAGAAAUUCCAACUAUUUGUUUGUCUUUGGAAGUAGUUUGAAAAUCUGAGCCCCUUUGAACCAGGUAUCAUCUGGGAACUGACCAUAAAUUUAAUCUGUUAUUUCAAAACAUUUCCAUAAUUUGCAUCUCAGUAUUUUAUACCAUUUAUCAUAUUUUCAAUAAAGGAAACGUAAAGAGGCAAGAAUUGCAAAUAACUAUUACCAGAGUAGUGCAUCUUAAAGCAUUGCUUAUCUUAUAGUGCCAUAGUGUAGCAUUGACUAACUUAACUACAUUGGACAUUGUAAAACAGUCUUAGCUUUUGUAAAUUUUCAAGUAGAUUGUCAAAAGAAUUUCCCAUUUACCAAGUACGUAUACCGUAUGUUGCAGCUGAACCAGCAGGUAAUAGCACACAUCAACGAGUGUACUGAAACCACCUUGCUUGCAGGGUUAUGUAAUAUAAAUUCUGUGGUUGUGAAUUUUAGAGCAGAUGCUUAUACAAGAGACUAGGUAGGAUAAGUACAGCAGGAGGGACAAUAUUUGGUUUUAAAUUUGAUGCAGUGCAAUAUAUUUUAUUGCACUGUUGCUCUUCAGUAAUAUAUAAGGCCUUACCUGAAUCGCGAGGUGAUCUUCAAAUAAUUGCGGCCGAGUUACAGAUAAGACAUGGAAAAUUGCAGAAAAGGAAUAAUGGACCUUUUUUAAUAGCAGUAAUUUGGAAAAGCCACAGUAGACCUACAAUAUAAACAACUCAACUAUUAUAUUAUGCCUGCAAAUUUUGCACCUAUAUUACAUUCAUUUAAAAAAAAAAAAAGUAACUGGUACAAUAUAAAAUUCAGACUAAAAGUCUUAACACAACUGCUGUAGAAAUCAAGUUGUCACUUUAGCCAUUUACGUAUUACAGCCAUUGAAUGUUAGUGCAGAACGCCCUGCUACAGUGGUCUCCUUCAUGCCCUAUCUGCUUUGUCAUCCACAGAA